AUGCUCUGUGUCCGGGUCUGGACACGCUGUGGCGUCCGGUACCGACCGUGGAGACGAAACGCGAGCCACGUGGGCGCCGCCAGGCUGGAUCUCAGCGGCAUUUACCCCCCUAUUGCCACUCCGUUCACCGCCAAGGAGGACGUAGACUACCAGAAGCUGGAGGAGAACCUGCAGAAAUAUGACAAGAUACCCUUUAAAGGUCUGGUGGUUCAAGGCUCCAACGGUGAGUAUCCCUACCUGACGGAGGAGGAGCGAGUGGAGGUGGUGAAGGAGGUCAGACGAUCCCUGCCACUGGGGAAGCUGCUGCUGGCUGGAUCAGGCUGUGAAUCCACCAGAGCCACCGUCCAGCUCACAGCCAAGAUGGCGGCAGUCGGAGCGGACGCCGUCCUCGUGGUGAACCCGUGCUUCUACAAGGGCAAGAUGGACAUCUGGGCGCUCAUUCAUCACUUCACAAAGGUGGCAGACAGCAGCCCGGUGCCAGUGGUUCUGUACAGCGUCCCGGCCAACACGGGCCUGGACCUGCCGGUGGACGCUGUGGUGGCGCUGUCUCAGCACCCAAACAUCCUGGGCCUCAAGGACAGCAGAGGAGACAUCACACGGAUUGGCCUGAUUGAUCACAAAACCAAGGCGCAGGAUUUCCAGGUUUUAGCGGGCUCAGCGGGGUUGAUGGCUGCUUAUUGUGUUGGUGCUGUCGGUGGAGUGUGUGCCCUGGCUAACGUUCUGGGCCAGGAGCUGUGUGAAUUGGAGCGUCUGUGUCGGUCUGGGCGCUGGGAGGAAGCCAAAGUCCUGCAGCAGCGGCUCAUCGAACCCAACGCAGCCGUGACCAGAAAAUUGGGAGUUCCUGCCCUGAAGCAGGCGAUGGAGUGGUUUGGUUACCACGGCGGCGCCUGCCGGUCUCCUCUACAGCCGCUCACAGAAGCAGAGACUCAGCUGCUGAGGCGGGACUUCUCCACCAAUGGAUGGCUGUGA